UUUGGUGGGCUUUUCUUUCAUGAGGUUUGCUUGUGCCUGAAAGGGUCUGCUCUUGGUUUUGUCUUUGUGAUUUGAGUGCAUGAUGAUGUGGUUGCAAGGGCAGGCAGUGCUGCCUUUGUUUCUAUUAGUAUGGCUCACUGGAAUGAAUUGCAUAAUUGGAGCUGAAGGGUCUACUGGGGCCUGGAAGGAGGAUUCUAACCCAACAGAACAAAACUUAAACUCUGAAAAUGUCUUGGCUUAUAAGAUGAAAGAUUCUUUCAUUUCUCCUGUGUUGUCUUAUGAUGAAGUAGUUACCAGUUAUGGGUUUGAAGGUGGUGAUAAAGAUGGUUCUGGUGAUCUAAUGUAUCAAGAUUUUGAAGUACUAGAUGUGGAUGAGGGAAAUGUCCCAAUGAAACAGAAAGAAUUGAAUAUUGGUGUGGUAAGUCAUGAUAUGAAGAUGGUUAAAGCUGUGAAAGCCAUUAAUUACAAUCAAAAGGCUGUAGUUGGAGGUGAAUUGAGUGAUCCUGUUGUGAAUGCUGAUGUACCCCAUGGAGAUAAUUUAGAGGAGUUGGAACUACUGCAGGAUAGAGCAGACUAUGAUAAUGAGUACAGUGGUGCUUGGAGUCCUGAGCUGGAGUCUUACCGAAUGAAGCUUAGUGCUCCUCCUGGACAGGUUUGUCAUGAAGUGGCUGUGUUCCCAUAUAAGAUCAGUUGUGGUCAGAUGUCCAUGUCUGCAGAGUUUUUUGGAUCUCCUGCAGAUCUGAAAGUGAGAUUGAAUUCUUCCUUUGUGCAAGUAACCAGAAUUGCUCACCAAUGCAAGUACAAAAUGGAGAUGAGAACUGGAUCCUUCAUUUUUACAGCAUACUAUGAUGGCUGCAAUGUGCAGAAAAUAAAAGGCUGCUAUGUUCUGACUCUUCUCUGGCAGAAUGAGAAGGUGUCCCUUGCCUGUCCAGGAGGAGAGGUUUCUUCUCCUCUUCCCCCAGCUGUGCUCUGCAAUGAGACCAGCAUGACUGUUGGGCUCCCUUCAGGGUCUCCUGAUGACCUAAAAGUGAAAGCAGACCACCUCCACUGGGUCCCUGCACGCCACCUUGCUAGGAGAUGCAAAUAUGUAUUUUUGAAGGAUGCUUUUGGAAGGAUUUUCUUUACAGUUUCAUACAAAGGCUGCUUUGUGAAGAGAGAGGGGAGCUAUCAUAUCCUGUCCGUGAGAUACACCAGUCCUAACCACAAGGAGAAUGUAUUGGACAUGAGGUGCCCAAUACACUAUGGGGAACAUGUGACUACUCCCCAUUCCACUGUGCCUCCACUGUCUCAUCCAAAGGUAUCUUGCCAUGUGUCCACUAUGGAUGUGCUACUGCCUGGUGCCACUCCAGACCAGGUCAAAGUGAAGGACCAUUACAAUCGGGAGGUGGGAGUACAACAGCUGGCUAAAAAAUGUCACUAUCACUUACUGAGGAGCGGCUAUGAUCUAGUGUUUAGUGCAAGCUAUAAAUCGUGUCAUGUCCGAAUGGAGGGUAAUCAUUACAUCCUAACUGUGGUAUAUAAGGCAAGUUCUGGACUGCCAGUAUUAGUCCACAUGAAAUGCCCCAGCUCUCACUGGGAUACCACGACUGCACCUGUAGCCACAUCACCAAGGAAGCCUAGUCCUCUUUGCAAAGCCUCCAGCAUGAGUGUUCUGUUACCUCCAGGCUCCCUAGAUCAGGUCAAGGUUCUAGAUAACUUCCAUCAUGAAGUAUUGGUCCACACAGCUCCCAAAAGCUGUGGCUACCACUUGAUGAAGAAACCUCAUGGGAUCCUCUUUGAAUCCCCUUAUCAGGCAUGCCAUGUCCAGACUGUGAAUCAUUACUACACACUGACUGUCCUCUACAAGCCCACCCCUGGUCCCCAGAUAGUGGUGAACAUGAGGUGUCCCAGGAGAUACCUACCAAUACCACUCUCUACAGCUAUAAAGCCCUCUACGCCCAGGCCACCUCACUUAGCCUGCAGAGCAUCCAGCAUGUCCAUAGAGCUUCCUAGUCACUUGAUGGAUGAGGUUAAAGUACUAGAUGAAGCUCACUAUCCUGUAGUGGUCAUGAAUGCUCCCAAAGAAUGCCAGUACCACUUAGAGAAGAGGGGCAAGACUAUUGUCUUCACUGCUGGUUAUAGGAGUUGUCAUGUGCAUUCUGAGAGUUCCAAUUAUGUGCUUGUUGUCCUCUACACACCUGAGAAUGGUGGACAAGAGAGGGUAACCAUGAAAUGCCCCAUACAUGCUGUGCCCACAUCCUCCCCUGCCACAAGCAGACCACCAGUGCUAUACAGUACCAGCUGUGAAGCCUCUGGCAUGACUCUGAUGCUACCUGGUGGAUCAUUUAAUCAAAUAAAACUAAUAGAUAAAUCCAAUAGGAUGGUGCCAGUCAUGGAGCUUCCCAGAGACUGUGGAUAUUCUUUGCUGAAGGCAGGCGGGCAUCUACUUCUUACUGCUGGAUAUAAAGCCUGUGACAUCAGAAUACAGGAUAACCACUACACUUUGACUGUCAUCUACCGGAGUGCUACAGGGGAUCGGAGAGUGCAUAUGAAAUGCCCUGUACAGCUGGCUUCUACAGUCCUCCCUACAAUGCCUGUCCAUCCUCAUCCUACUUGUACAGCUUCUGGCAUGACUGUAGUUUUGCCUUCUGGAUCGUUGGAUCAGGUCAAAAUUAUUGAUCAAUUGGGACAAGAAACUGCUGUAUCCAAGGCUCCCAAACAUUGUGGCUACAAGUUGGUCAAAGGAAAAGGAACCAUCACUUUCUCUGCCUCUUACAGAGCAUGUGGUAUCAAGGUUCAGAAUCACCACUAUAUCCUGCACCUGAGUUACAAACCAGCUAUUGGGAAUGCAAUGACUGUGACCCUGAGCUGCCCAGUUGGUGGGGAUCCCCUCAAAACCACAACUCCUGCAACCAGCACAAGGAGGCCUUCUCACAUGGAGUGCAUGACUUCAAGCAUGGCUGUGGUCUUACCAGUGGAGUCUCCAAAUGCUGUCUAUGUUGUUGAUGGAAGUGGGCAUGAUGUACAUGUCAUCUCCGCUCCCAAAACCUGUGGUUAUGCCUUGGAAGAGAAGGGGGAAAUGUUGGUCUUGACGGCCCUUUAUAAAGCCUGUCAUGUUACAGUUCAGCAUGCUCAUUAUGUACUUGAGGUGCGGUACAAAUCUGGAAGGGACAAGACUCAUUCUGUGACCAUGAAAUGCCCAGUCCCAAGGAUACCACCUCCUACUCUUGCCACUUCCACCCAUUCCCCAUCUCUAGUGUCCUGUCAUCCCUCAAGCAUGAGUGUUGUGCUACCUGUGGAGUUCCCAGAACAAGUAACCAUCCUUGGGCUGCAUGGUGAGGAGAAGAGGCUGAGUUUUGCCCCCAAAGAGUGUGGCUAUACAGUAGUAAAAUCCAUGGGGAAGAUCUCCUUGACUGUUCUGUAUAUAUCCUGUGGAGUUCACAAAGUGGAGAAUUUCUUUGUGCUGAACCUUCGCUACUACCCAACUGUUGGCCAUCCAGUAGCUGUGCAGAUGAAAUGUCCAGCUAUCCAUGUGCACCCAACAUCUCCUAGACCUUCACCUACAGUGACUGCUGAUCCCAGGGUUCUGUGUCAUCUUGAUAGCAUGAGUGUAGAGCUGCCAAAUGGGAAACUGGAGGACAUCAAGUUGAUGGACAAAGCUCACCACCUACUGGUGGUCCUGCAUGCUCCCAAAGAAUGCCAGUACCACUUGGUGAAGAGGAGCAAAAGUAUUGUCUUCACAGCAGGCUAUAGGAGCUGUCAUGUGCAUACUGAGCAUUCCAGUUAUGUCCUUGUUGUCUUGUACACACCAGAGAAUGGUGUACAAAAAAGAGUAACCAUGAAAUGCCCCAUACAUGCUGUGCCCACAUCCUCGCCUGCCACCAGCAGACCACCAGUGCUGUACAGUACCACCUGUGAAAUCUCUGGCAUGAGACUGAUGCUACCUGGUGGAUCAUUUAAUCAAAUAAAACUAAUAGAUAAAUCCAAUAGGAUGGUGCCAGUCGUGGAGCUUCCCAGAGACUGUGGAUAUUCUUUGCUGAAGGCAGGCGGGCAUCUACUUCUUACUGCUGGAUAUAAAGCCUGUGACAUCAGAAUACAGGAUAACCAUUACACUUUGACUGUCAUCUACCGGAGUGCUACAGGGGAUCGGAGAGUCCAUAUGAAAUGCCCCGUACAGCAGACUUCUACAGUCCUCCCUACAAUGCCUGUCCAUCCUCAUCCUACUUGUACAGCUUCUGGCAUGACUGUAGUUUUGCCUUAUGGAUCAUUGGAUGAGCUUAGAAUUAUUGAUCAAUUGGGGCAAGUAAUUGUCAUAUCCAAAGCUCCAAAACAUUGUGGCUACAAGUUGGUCAAAGGAAAAGGAAGCAUCACUUUCUCUGCCUCCUACAGAGCAUGUGGUAUCAAAGUUGAGAAUCACCACUAUAUCCUGCACCUGAGUUACAAACCGGCUAUUGGGAAUGCAAUGACUGUGACCCUGAGCUGCCCAGUUGGUGGGGAUCCCCUCAAAACCACAACUCCUCCAACCAGCACAAGGAGGCCUUCUCACAUAGCGUGCAUGACUUCAAGCAUGGCUGUGGUCUUGCCAGUGGAGUCUCCAAAUGAUGUCUACGUUGUUGAUGGAAGUGGGCAUGAUGUACAUGUCAUCUCGGCUCCCAAAAUUUGUGGUUAUGCCUUGGAAGAGAAGGGGGAGAUGUUGGUCUUGACAGCCCCUUAUAAAGCCUGUCAUGUUACAGUUCAGCAUGGCCAUUAUGUACUUGAGGUGCGGUACAAAUCGGGAAGGGAGAAGAUUCAUUCUUUGACCAUGAAAUGCCCAGUCCCAAGGGUUCCACUGCCAACUCUUGCCACUUCCACUCAUUCCCCAUCUCUAGUGUCCUGUCAUCCCUCAAGCAUGAGUGUAGUGCUACCUGUGGAGUUCCCAGAACAAGUAACCAUCCUUGGGUUACAUGGUGAUGAGAAGUUGCUGAGCUUUGCCCCCAAAGAGUGUGGCUAUACAGUAGUAAAAUCCAUGGGGAAGAUCUCCUUGACUGCUCUGUAUACAUCCUGUGGAGCUCACAAAGAGGAGAACUUCUUUGUGCUGAAUCUUCACUACUACCCAACUGUUGGCCUUCCAGUAGCUGUGCAGAUGAAAUGCCCAGCUAUCCAUGUGCACCCAACACCUCCUAGACCUUCACCUCCAGUGUCUGCUGAUCCCAGGGUUGUGUGUCAUCUUGACCACAUGAGUAUAGAGCUGCCCAAUGGCAAGAUGGAGGACAUCAAGUUGAAGGAUAAAAUGGGAAAGCUGGUGCCAGUUUACCAGACCUCAAAGAGCUGUGGUUACCACAUAGUAAAAGCAGAAAAGAUUUCUUUGUUGAUCCCCUAUAAAGCUUGUGAUGUGAAGAUUAUGGACCACCACUAUAGUUUAGUAGUGGCUUACACACCAACCAAUGGAGUGCAAAGGAAGAUUACGGUCCAAUGCCCAGUUAUUGGAAAGCCACCAUCUCCUCUUGAAGCUGGGGUGUCCUGUCAUGAAGACUGCAUGAGUAUUGACCUUCCUGCUGGGCCUUUGGAUCAAGUGAAAGUACUGGACGAACAUCACAAUGCUGUUGCCAUCAAGCAGUCCGUCCAUUGUGGCUACAAUCUGUCUUCAGGUGUGGGGAAGCUCCAUUUUUCUGCCUAUUACAAGGCUUGCCAUGUGAAGAUCCAAAAUGGCCACCAUGUUCUGACAGUCCUCUAUACCACUUUGGGACUACAUGGAGAGGUGCAGCUGAAGUGUCCUGUUCAUGACCUAGUUUUCCAUCAGGGGUGUGACCUGCCCAGGAAAAAGCAAGUCCAGUGUGGUCCAACUGGCAUAGCCCCAAGUGUUUGUCAUGCCAAAGGUUGCUGUGUGGAUCCCCAGACAUCCCACUGCUUUUAUCCUCUGGACACAUGUACAGCUGAUGGACACUUUGUGUUUGCUGUCUAUCGAACAUCCUCCAAACCAGAUGUGGACCCUGGCAGCCUGUAUGUUUCUAAUCACUCGUGUGCACCUGUGAUCUGCACCCUAGACUUUGCGGUCUUCAAGAUUCCUCUGACUGGGUGUGGUACUCACAGAUUUGUGAUUGGGGAGACUUCAGUCUAUUUGGCUGACGUGUUUGGGAAAAAGUACAAGAAUCGUCAAAUGUAUGGCCAAAUCCUGAGACAUGCUCCUUACCACUCCCAAAUUGAAUGCCGCUAUUCAAAAGGGACACAUGCCAGCACUGGCUACAUGGUGGUGAAUAGUCCUGCUCUAUCAGAUGUUGUCUCUUCUGGAGCGUUGGGAGUAGUUCUGAGAAUUGCUAAAGAUGACAGCUACACCACCUUCUUUCAGGACACCCAGGUUCCCCUCAGGUUUUUGUUGGGAAGCAAGAUACACCUGGAAGUGAAAAUGGUAAACCCACCUACUCCAGAGUUGGUGCUGUUGGUGCACUACUGCAUUGCAUAUCCCAGGUCUUCAGAGAACGUCUGGGUGCUGAUGUACAAUGGCUGUCCAAAUGUCCUGGAUUAUGGCACUGGCCUUCAUCUGAAGGAUCACAACUGGCAGCCUGUGCCAAAGCAUACCAGACGCUUUGAUGUAACAACAUUCCAGUUUAUGGAUGCCAAAGAGAAUCUUCUAGAUGAGGAGAUUUACUUCAUGUGCUCAACCGAGAUUUGUUCACACAAAGAAUCGUGUGUUGAAGGCUGCUUUGAUGGAAGACAAAUGACAGUUCCUCAGUCAGAAUGGGGAAGGCUUUGUGCUGGUAAACCCUGUCCUAGGCAGCUUCAUGUGAAAAGGGCCAUAGCAGACCAUGGAAGCCUCCUCUGGAGAGAGGAACCUUCCAGCCAAGAGAACUGACCCAGAGUUCCUUUUAACUGAUCUCUUGUGAAAUGGACUGAAUAAAAAUGUACCCAAAUUUUAAUAAAAUGUAUGCCUUAAA